AUGGCACGAACAUCCCCAAAAUUCCCUCCAAUAAUUGAAGCACCUGAUCCAUGACUUCCUAGACCAAUUAAAGAAAAUGAACCAACCACUCGCCAAGAAUCUGAUGAGUGGUUCGAGCAAAGCAAAUCUGUCAACAGCACCAUCGCGAAUCUCAGAAACGAAAUCUUAGAUUAUAAAAAAGAAAAUAACGAUUUAUUGAAGAAAAAUAAUAAGCUUGAAAACGAAAAGACAGAGCUGGAAAGGCAAGUUGCAGGGCUUGAAAGAGAAAUUCAGGUUUUAGAAACACAAUUAAAAAAUCAACCAAGACCUUUAGCAAGUGAUUUCGGAAGCAGAGAAAACAAAUACGAACUUGAAAAGGAAAAUCUAACCCUUAAAAAAGAAAUCGAAGAGAAAAACAAUAAGCUCCACAAUAUCGCUCUAAAUAAUUUUGCGUUAAGAGCUAAAUUGAUUACUUGGGUCAAAACUAAUGAAAUAGAAAAACAAAGGAAAGUUCCAGCUGAAGAAAAACCAAGAGACAUAAGACAUGAAGUUGAAUUCACUCCUGAUAAAAGCCAAAAUUUUAAGCCUGUGCCUUCUAUCAGUCAAAGAGGGAAAAAAAGAAAUGACAACAGAUCUUCUCUGGAUAGAAUGAUAAAAGAUCUUCAAUAUCGGCCAGUUAUCCCUAAAAUAGAAGUAGAGUCGAGCAAUCCUUUUAAUUUUUUAGCAAUGAUUUUGAUAUCAUUUUUGGCAGGCUUUUUCUUAUUGCGUAUAAUACCUAAUAUACCUAAUAAGUAA